AUGCCUAAAGAGUAAAUGAUCAACCUGUGGAUGAUUCACCAGUCCAUGGCUCCCACAGCACCCUCUGCCCCUCUGGUCUCUGCAUGUUAUUCUGAAGAAGAAAUGCCAGAUGUAGAAAUUGAUAUUGAUGAUCUUCUUGAUGCUGACAGUGAGGAGGAAAGAGCUUCAAAAUUACAGGAAGCUCUUGUAGACUGCUAUAAACCAACAGAGGAAUUUAUCAGAGAGCUGCUCUCCCGGAUAAGAGGCAUGAGGAAGCUGAGCCCUCCACAGAAGAAGAGUGUAUGAUUUUGCAACAGGGUAAAAUUCUCUCGGAGAUGAAGAAAAUGACCUGGGAUUUGGACUCCACAGAUACUUUUAUUAAAAAAAAUAACCAUAGUUGUCUUUUACAACAACAUUUUUUGGUGUGUAUGUGUGUGUGGGGAGGGUUAGACAUUUAUUCAAAAGUGUUCCUUCUUUUGUUGUUUUAAAGGGUUUUCAUUACUGUAAUAUUUUAAUGGCAAAGCUACUAUAGCUUGGACUGUAGCCCAACCAAGGACUGUCAAAGCAGAUGCAUCCACAAGGAUGGGCAAUGCUUUCUAUAAGAACUCAGCCGUAAUUUAGGAUCUUACUAUACAGGGAAGAUGGCUUUCUUACAGUCAGAUUGGUAAGACGUUUUUAAGUUAUACAUUUGACUUAGAUGUCAAAAAUAUCCCAUGCUUGUACAUAUCUACAAACACUAAAAAUAGAGAGGAGAACUUUAUAUCAGGUUCAUGGAAUAAGCCUGUGUUUGUCGUGUUAGACAUGGUCACAACACAUGUUUCCGUAAGGCCCCCAGGCAUUCUUCAGACAAAUGUGGUCCACCUUCAGCAUCCACUUUCUGUGCCAAAGUGAAAGAAUUCCACAUGUUCGUCUUUAUAAUGAGCCAUACUACACAUGCGUUGAGUUGGUCAAGGGCUUAAUUCGUAAAUUUUGUUUCAUUAGUUGAGAUGCUUGGCCAGGUAUUGCCUCGUUGUGGUUUUUUAAGGUUUUAUGAACUCUUAAUUUUGAAAACUAGCCUGAUUUAUAAAGAAAUGCCUACACUUCCUGAACAGAGUUUUGCAAUGGAGAAAGGAAGCCCCGUGUAACAACGAGUUUUCUGCUUUCAGUGCAAUACGCUAUACUAUCUCUGUCCAUGAAAGCAGGACAAAAAGAAACUAACAAACGGAUUGAGCCUCUUCCUUCUUAGAAGUAGAUCCUGGCCUCUUCUGUGCUGGUACCAUCAAUCCAGAAGCGUGAACUGAGUAUUAAGAAAUGUAGAGAUGGGAAGACACCUUAAGAUCUUUGUUAGUUCAGAUGUCUGGCUUCGUCUCUGGUUUCUCUCAGUGCUUCAUGGUCCUGAUUGUGACCUUGAUUUCCAUGUUAGGAGCUAGGUUUGACUACCUACCUUAACCCUAUAGUUACAUACCAGCUCUUUGAGUAGAAUGAAAAUUCAUAUGGGAUGUAGGCAGGGUGAAAACUGAGUAAAAGCCCUUCCUUCCAGGAAGCCCCUGCUGCCUCCCCCUGGAAACCCUGUCUGCCGUAAGAAGUCUCCAGGUGACCCUGUCUGAAAACAGGGACCAGGCAAUUUAUAUCAAGGGUGCUUUGAACAUAUUUUAUUUUUUAAAAGAACUAUGUUUGUGAAUUUUCUGUAUACUGGCGAGCUUUUGAAAAUGUAUUUAAUUUUGUAAUGUUUACCAAUGAUUUAUUUACAAGCUAUUUACUCAAAUAAAGGGAGCUGCUUACAAGCUUGUUUGUGCGUGUGACAGUACAACAUACAGGGUGGGGGCGGCGUUUGGUGCAUUCUCUGCAGAUGGGAAUCCCAAGUGCCCAAUGGAGCUAACCUCUCAUUUUCCAAGCAUUUAGUCCUGAUGCUUAUCUCGGUGUCUUCAGCAGAGAACCCAGUCGUGUUCUUGGAUUAAUAAAGAGACAAAAGUGUACUCACACAAAAUAAAUAAAAUCUUU